AUGGAGGAGCCGCUUGAUGAGAAGGAUUUGGAAAGGAAGCUGAAGAAAGAGCAGAAGGCGAAAGAGAAGGAGGAGAAGAAGCUCAAGGCGAAGCAGAAGGAGGCGGCCAGGCUACAGGUCCAAUCAGCAUCUGAUGGAGCUAACAAGAGUGAGAAGAAGCAAAAGAAGAAAGGCGCCACCAAUGAGAAUCCUGAGGAUUUCAUUGAUCCAGAUACUCCCACUGGACAGAAGAAACUGAUUGCUUCUCAAAUGGCCAAACAUUACAGCCCGUCUGCUGUUGAGAAAUCGUGGUAUCCUUGGUGGGAGUCAUCACAGUAUUUUGUAGCAGAUGCCGCAAGCUCAAAGCCACCGUUUGUAAUAGUCCUGCCACCUCCAAAUGUGACAGGACCCCUUCACAUAGGCCAUGCAAUUACAGUGGCAAUUGAGGAUGCUAUGAUCCGCUGGCGGAGGAUGUCAGGCUACAAUGCUUUGUGGAUUCCUGGAAUGGAUCAUGCUGGUAUAGCUACACAGGUCGUUGUGGAAAAGAAGAUCAUGCGUGAGAGGAAGCUGUCAAGGCAUGAUCUAGGGCGUGAUAAAUUUCUAUCUGAGGUCCACAACUGGAAAGAUCAGUAUGGUGGCACCAUAUUGAGACAAUUGCGUACGCUUGGAGCCUCGCUUGACUGGUCGCGCGAAUGUUUUACAAUGGAUGAGCAGAGAUCAGAGGCUGUAACAGAAGCGUUUGUUAGGCUAUACAAGGAAGGUUUGAUAUAUAGGGAUAUUCGUCUCGUGAACUGGGAUUGCACGCUCCGUACAACAAUUUCUGAUAUCGAGGUUGACCGUGUUGAUCUCAAGGCAGAGACUUUGUUAGAGGUCCCUGGUUAUAGCAACCCAGUUCAGUUUGGUGUUUUGACAUCUUUUGCCUAUCCUCUAGAAGAAGGAUUGGGUGAAAUUAUCGUUGCAACAACUAGAAUAGAAACUAUGCUCGGUGAUACCGCUAUAGCUGUUCAUUCUCAGGAUGAAAGAUAUAAGCAUCUGCAUGGAAAAUAUGCCGUCCAUCCGUUUAAUGGCCGAAAACUUGAAAUAAUUUGCGCUGAUGACUUAGUGAAAGCCACUUUUGGUACUGGCGCUGUCAAGAUCACACCAGCUCAUGAUAGCAAGGACUUCAAGGUUGGGAAACAGCAUAACCUGGACUUUAUCAAUAUUUUCACUGAUGACGGGAACAUAAAUGAAAAUGGAGGUCCACAAUUUGAAGGAAUGCCACGUUUUACCGCUCGAGCUGCUGUUAUUGAUGCACUAAAGGAAAAGGGUCUAUACAGAGGCAUGGAAAAUAAUGAUAUGGAAUUAGGACGUUGUUCGAGAACUAAUGAUAUUGUGGAGCCAAUGAUCAAGCCCCAAUGGUUUGUUAAUUGUAAUACCAUGGCAAAGGCAGCUCUUGAUGCUGUGAAAUCCAAAGAGAUAGAGAUCAUUCCACCACAAUAUGAGCAAGACUGGUACAGGUGGCUUGAAAACAUACGCGAUUGGUGUAUUUCAAGACAACUUUGGUGGGGACACCGUGUACCUGCUUGGUAUGUGACAUUAGAAGAUGACAAAGAGAAAGACAUGGGUUCGUACAUUGACCACUGGAUAAUCGCAAGAAAUAAAAGUGAUGCAGUACUGGAGGCAAAACAGAGGUACCCAAAGAAGAAAUAUCAGUUGGAUCAAGAUCCUGAUGUGUUGGACACAUGGUUUUCAGCUGGUCUUUUCCCCCUAACUGUACUUGGUUGGCCGGACAAUACAGCUGACCUUAGUACUUUCUACCCUACUUCUGUACUUGAAACUGGAUUGGACAUCCUCUUCUUUUGGGUAGCAAGGAUGGUGAUGAUGGGAAUGCUACUCCACGGUGAUGUGCCAUUUCGAAAGAUUUACUUGCAUCCAAUUAUUCGUGAUGCACAUGGCCGCAAAAUGUCCAAGUCACUAGGAAAUGUCAUUGAUCCCAUUGAUGUAAUAAAUGGUAUAACACUGGAAGGUCUUCAGAAAAAGUUGGAACACGGCAAUCUGGACCAAGGCGAAUUGGAAAAGGCAAAAGAAGGUCAAAAGAAGGAUUUCCCUGAUGGUAUUCCUGAGUGUGGUACUGACGCCCUUCGUUUUGCUCUGAUCUCCUACACUUCUCAGUCCGACAAGAUAAACCUGGAUAUCAAGCGAGUGCAUGGGUACAGACAAUGGUGCAAUAAACUGUGGAACGCCAUUCGUUUUGCGAUGGUUAAGCUUGGAGAUCAGUACACUCCACCAGCAACUCUCGCGGUGCAUAGUAUGCCGCCCAUCUGCAAAUGGAUACUCUCAGUACUUAGUAAGGCUGUUGGCAAGACCGUGUCAUCAUUAGAAGCAUAUAAGUUCUCCGACGCGACGUCAUCUAUAUACUUCUGGUGGCAAUACCAGCUUUGUGAUGUCUUUAUAGAAGCAAUUAAACCUUACUUCAAUGGAUCUCAAGAGUUCGAAUCUGCAAGAUGUGCUUCUAGAGAUACACUAUGGGCAUGCCUGGACACUGGUUUGCGUCUUCUCCAUCCAUUGAUGCCUUACAUAACAGAAGAGCUUUGGCAGCGCCUUCCUCAGCCUAAGGAGGCUUGUAGGAAAGAUUCCAUUAUGAUAUCAGAAUACCCCUCAGCUGUACAGGAAUGGGCAAAUGAUGAAGUUGAGAACGAAAUGGAGAUUGUGUUAGAUGCCGUGAGUAAGCUGAGAUCUCUCCUGCCACCAACAGAUAUACAUCUAAGGCGCCCAUGUUUUGUGCUCUGCCGAAACCUAGAGGUUGCAGCCACUGUUGGAUGCUACCAAGCUCAAAUUGCAACGCUUGCUUCUGUAUCAUCUCUUGAGAUCCUGACAGAGGAUGAUCCAACUCCACCCGAUUGUGCCACAAAUAUUGUAAACAAAGAUCUAGCCGUUUAUCUCCAGCUCCGGCGAGCUCUCAACACGGAAGCUGAACAUGAGAAGCUUAGGAAGAAGAGAGAGGAAGUUCAAAAGCAAUAUGACACCCUGUCACAGAAAAUGAGUGCAUCAGGCUACCGUGAGAAGGCCCCACAGAGCAAGCAGGAUGAUGAUAUGAAAAAACUUGCUACUCUGUUGGAGGAGCUCGAGAUCAUCAGCGAAGCUGAGAGUAAACUGGAUGCAAAAAACUGA